AUGCCCGACUUGGCCUUAUCCAUGUCCUCUCCGAACGCAUCUCAGCAUGAGCCUGCCCAGCCCACCAUGGCUGAUGUCGUUUCCCAAAUGACGGGCGCGGACAGGCGUAUUUUCUUACUACUUACGUGCCCUCCGAAAUCGACCAACGAUCUGCACGGUCGCCCAUCUUUGAGGAAUGCCUUCAUCAAAUUCGUAUCGCGUGCUCGAGCAUACGAAUACCUCCCCCUGAACACGGUACCUGACAAGAAAAGCCGAUUUCAGCCUCCCCGCUGGCGCUAUGGGUACAAGUUCACUUUUGAACAGGCUCUUGCGGUCAAUGAGCAGCGUCUACCCCCCGACCAGCAAUUAUCGCCACUGAGCUGGUUCCGGGAGUGCUGUGACGACGAUGCUGACCCCGUCGCCGAGCGCGCUCGUGUUGCGGGUUCAUGGCUUGAAACCCGCGUGAAUGUUAUUAUGGAGGGUGACCAAGAAGCGCAAUGGUGCCACGCCUGGGAGAAUGGCGAGAGGAUUCUGGUGCUCAGUUUUAGGGACACAUGGCGUCUUGGAGAAGCGCCGGGUGCCGAUCAAGUCGCUGCAAUCAGCGAGUUGAUGUUUGGUAAAUACGUGGAGCCCAUGUGGUAUGUGGAUGCGUUCGAUUGUUUCUGGGGGGCGAAGUAUUAG